CAAACAUCAUUGUCCUCUUUAUACACGGACGCUCGACAGACAAGAGGAAAACACUUAUGCACUUCACUACACUGCUUUUUAUAGACUAUGUUUUGUAGUAGCCUGACACACAUACACACAGCGACUUUUCGGUCAUAUUUUUUUCAUGAACCUUAAUUCGAUUUAUUAAAAAUAAUAAUAAUAAUAAUAAUAAAGAAAAAUAAAUAAAUAAAUAAAUAAAUAAAGACAUUUAUUUUUCACAACCCAUCACCCGAACAAUAAUGCCUGAGUUCAUAUCUGUGGAGGAUUUCAUCGCUGAGACUUUGGAGGACUACAGCUCUCCAACAACCUCCUCCUUCAUCACGAGGAUGACAAGUUGCAGGAAUUCUGUUAACAAUAUUGAAGAGGUUUUGGACUGUGACCGUGCAGUGUUGCAGAAAAUGAAGAAAGCUUCCAAAGCCAAGCAUGCCUCUGGUCAAGACCACAUAUCACAUUUUGAGCUGUAUGUCAACUCCAUGGAGAAACUAGCUGUCAAUUUCGGUAACAAUGGAGAGCAGGAUGUGGCCUCUGCCUUUAAUAAAUUUGCUGAAUUCUCCAAAGAGCUUCUGACACCAAUGAAGAACUUGUUAAAGAGCAUGCUUCACAAUAUCAACUUCUUCCUGGACUCACUGGUGAAAGGGGAUUUGAAAGAGGUUAAAGGUGAUUUGAAGAAGCCUUUUGACAAGGCAUGGAGGGAUUAUGAGAGUAAAUUCAAUAAGAUAGAUAAGGAGAAGAGGGAGCUGGCAAAACAAUACGGCAUGGUCAGGACAGAGGUGAGAGGUGGAGAGAUUGCAGAGGACCUAGAGAAGGAACGUCGAAUGUUUCAGCUGCAGAUGUGUGAGUACCUCAUUAAAGUGAAUGAAAUUAAAAGCAAGAAAGGUGUUGAUCUGCUCCAGAACCUCAUAAAGCACUACUACUCCCAGGACAAUUUCUUUCAGGAGUGCUUUGCUGCCACAGAGAAGCUGAAGCAGUACAUUGACACCCUCAGUGGAAAACUCAGCUCUAUGAAGCAUAGUCAAGAUGAAGAGAAGAGGCAGCUGUUUUCUCUCAGGGACCAGCUAAGAUCUGCCCUACAGCCUGAACUUAAGGAGGAUUCCUUAUCUAAACAAACUGUGUACAGCAUGCACCAACUUCAAGGCAACAAGCAAUAUGGAACAGAUAAAUCAGGCUACCUCUAUAAGAAGAGUGAUGGGUUGAGAAAGAUGUGGCAGAAAAGGAAGUGCACUGUGCAGAAUUGCUAUCUGACCAUUGCUCAUGGAACUCCACACAAAUCACCAGCCAAACUGAACCUACUGACCUGCCAGGUUAAACCCAAUUUGGAGGACAAGAAAUGUUUUGACCUCAUCUCUCAUAACCGCACUUAUCACUUUCUCGCAGAGGAUGAACCUGAUUGCGUAGCGUGGAUUUCGGUGCUGACUAACAGUAAGCAACAGGCACUGAAUGUGGCUCUGGAUGAGCACAAACAGAGUGGAGGGAGCAGCGUGGAGGAUCUGACCCGGGCGAUCAUUGAGGACAUCUUCCGUAUGCCGGGUAACAACGUCUGCUGCGACUGUGGUGCUCCAGAGCCGACAUGGAUCUCUACAAACUUGGGUAUCCUGACUUGUAUUGAGUGCUCAGGGAUCCAUCGGGAGAUGGGCGUCCAUUACUCUCGCAUCCAGUCUCUCUCUCUGGAUACACUGGGCACUUCUGAACUCCUGCUGGCGAGAAAUGUAGGGAACUCAGGGUUUAAUGAAAUUGUGGAGGCCAGUCUCCGUAGUCCAUCUCUGAAACCGUCAGCAGAAAGUGACAUGUUGGUACGUAAAGAGUUCAUCCUGGCUAAGUAUGUAGAGAGUCAGUUUGCUCAGCACCGAGGCGGAUCCCCGGACACCCUGCGCAGGCAAUUACAGGAAGCCAUACAUGCGCGUGACAUCUUCAGCCUUCUGCAGCUGUACACAGAAAAGCUUGACCUCAGUCUGCCUGUGCCCAGCCCGCUGCAGGAAAAACGGGAGACUGCACUUCAUCUGGCUGUCUUAUUGGCUGACCGGACCUCACUGCACAUGGUGGACUUCCUGGUACACAACUGUUAUAAUCUAGAUGCUCAGACUUUGAGGGGGAACACUGCAUUGCACUACUGCUGUCUGCACAAUAAAACAGAGUGCCUGAAGCUCCUGCUGAAGGCCAAAGCCAACACACAUAUCAAAAAUGAAAAUGGUGAGACGGCUCUUGAUAUUGCUCGAAGACUGAAGCACACUCACUGUGAAGAGCUGAUCCAGCAGGCUCAGAAUAACCAGUUCAACAUGCACAUUCACGUUGAGUAUGAGUGGAAACUGCGGCAAGAUGACUGGUACGAAAGUGAUGAUGACCUGGAAGAUAAGACAGGUCCCGUGAAAAAGGACCGCGUUGUCCGUCCAUUCAGUGUGUACCAGAGCAGCAGUUCAUCUCAAAAUCGUGCAGGAGGAGGAGGAGGAGGAGGAGGAGGAGGAGGAGGGGGAAUCUUCAGUGUAGGCCGCAAGCUGCCUAUGUCACGAAGCGAGAACAAGCGUGACGUAUAUGCCGCUCCCUUCCCACAGACACGGAGCUUGGAAAGUCCUCCACCUCCUCCACCAUCUUCACCAGCACCUCCUCUGCCCCCAAGAGUGAGAGCACCAAACAUCCCUCCACCUCCCCCUCCUGUGAGUCCUCCAGAUUGCAGGAGUGAGGUCAUUUUCAGUACAAAGAGAACUCCUCCUCCUCCUCUAGUGAUCCGACAUAAGCGGACCUAUUCCGAGCCUUCACCUCAGGUGCCUCACAGCCCCCAUGGAGAAUGCUGCUCUCCAAACGCUGAUUACAGAUUGCCAGCAAGUCCUCGAAGCUUUAGUGUUCAAGAUUCAUCUUUUCAGAAGUGUGGCUCGGGAUCUCCAAAAUGCACUGCACAAGUGACGACUCUCAACGCACUAUCUGAGCUGCCAGAACCGAGCUUUCAAGCAGACGAUGAAAAUCUCACUUCCUGCUUCCUGUAUUCAACUGUGCAGAGCAGCUGCAGCUCUGGGCAUCAAGGCCCAGCUCACUCCCCCACUUCCCCUCGCUCUCUCAGCCUAGACUCUAAUGGUAGCUCCACAUCCUCUUGCCAUAGCACCCCAUACCCACUGCCCAGACGAAGCAUGAAGUCGAAGCUGAGACGGGUGAAAGCCAUGUAUGACUGUGAGGCUGAUCAUCAUGAUGAGCUUACUUUCAGUGAGGGGGCGGUACUGGUGGUUCUAGCAGAAGAAGAUGCUGAUUGGUGGGUCUUACUGAAGCCUCUAAACUUACCUUCCAGCAUGGCUACGUUGAGGGACAGCCAAAAAAGACAGGCCUGUUUCCUGCAUCUUUUGUCUCCAUAUUGUCAGAGUAACACAGUGGGAGACAAAUCAAGGAAUGAAGAAACCCUAGAAGGUGUCUGAGCAGAGGAUAAAAGCCCUCAUGAUUAUAAAUAUUCACAAAUAACACUAUGUAACAAUUGUCUAUACCCAAAGAAAUCAAGAAGAUGGUAUAUUAAUUAUUAUAUUAAUACCAUCGGACUCUGUUUGUGAGCAUAUUUGUUUUUUUCUGACUUUAUGUGAAUGGUGAGUCACAAAUUCUCCGGUGUUCUCGAUUUAACUUGGUACAUGUCCUGGUCUCAAAAGCAAAGUUUGGGGGAAUGAUAGCCACUUGAUUAUACUUUCACAGUAUAAGCAAUUAGGAAAUAACACUUACUACCCAGGAAAAAAGAAAAUGGUGGUCACAGUGAUAAUCAUUAUUAUUCACACAUUCACACAUCAUGGGCCAUAAAUACUAUAAAUUACAGAGUAAUGUAUUCCACACAAUGGCUGGCAUUUCCAUCAAUUAUGGUUUAAAGGGGAUAAGGGAGGCAUAGUAUUAUCGGCUGUUCAGUUUUAAAUGUUUUGCUGUUUGUGACCAAAGCUUCAUUGGAUGGUGCAUUUUUAUGUGAUUCUACAUUAAUGCUCAGUAUACAAUAAAAAACACACACAAAAAAGCAUAUAUGAUCAGUUUUUAAUUUAUUAUUACUAUUAGCAUUAUUUGUAGCAUUUGAUGGCAAGAAAAUGACAGCUCCUCUGACAUUUAUCUGAGUGCUAACACAUACUGGUAUUCUCGUUAAAUUGGGGCACUCCUACUUAAUACAUAAAGGUUACUGGGUCUGGUAAUGUCAUAUAAUCAGUUUAAAUGGUACUAGAUAUUGCGACUGUAAAAUUCUAUCUCAUAGAACAUUCUAGAGAAAAUUUAAUUGUGUCUCAUAAGCCUAGUUUGUGCCCUCGACACUGGAGAGGUAUGUAUCACCUAUGUCCAAAGAUGUAAAAUCAUUAAUCAUAUAAGAGAAAAGUAACCUGAAUUGUCAUUAGAACUAUACGCAUCCAAUGAUUGUCUCAUGAUUACUCAAUGAUAUCUUUAAUUGUAUAUACGAAUUAAAUUCGUUUUAUGUGAACUUUUUUAGGUCCAUUCAAUUCAAGUAAACUCCGAAAUUCAAUUCAAAGAAAUGUAUUUUAUUUUCCCAUGGAUGAAUCUAUAGCAAGGAUACACUGCGCUCAUGCUUUCCUAAGGAUUAAACAGGAUCCUUUGAUGACACAAAACUCAAGAAAUCUAUCUGUUUAGACAAAAGAUAUGCCGAGUUUUUUUUUAAUCUGAUUAAAAAAGGCCUUUUUUCCUGUAUAGAUUUUAUGCUCUUGGAAACAGGAACCUAUUAACACCUCAGAACCUGUAUAUGUACUAUGUGUAUUUAAAUGUUGUGUAUAGAAAGUAGGACAAAUUGCUGGGCCAGUAGUUUAAAAAUUAAUGUUUGAUCUGCAUUAUUUUAUAAAUAACAAGCUACCAAGAUGUGUGAUUUACUUCUUUAUUUUUCUACUUGCACACUUGAGUACAAGGUAAGGCCUGUGGCUAAUGUUUGUGAUGCCAAUAAACAGACAUAACAACUGAAAAUAAUGUUCAUCUUUGCUUCAAAUCUAUGAUGAAGUUCAACUGAAAUAAAAAACAAUUUCAACCA